GCGCGGGGCGCGGGCCCGGCGCUGGCCGCGCUGCUGCUGGCCACGUCCGUGCUGAGCGCCGCGCUGCUGGCCCCGGGGGGCCCCCAGGACCCGGGCGCCGAGGCCGCGCCGGCGCGAGACUUAAACACAAAAAGGCAUGUAGAGCUGAAGAUGGACCAGGCUUUGCUGCUCAUUCACAACGAACUACCCCGGACAGACUUGACCGUCUACUGGGCUUCUGAACGCUGUUACCAUUGCCUGCUUCAGGUACUCGUCAGCGUCGGCCCGGACGGAAACCCCAACAAGCAGAGCACCGCAGCCGUGGCCGUGAGCACCCAGCACGCAACCAUCCUGCAGCUUAAUGACACCUUAGAAGAAAAAGAAGUUUGUAGACUAGAAUACAAAUUUGGAGAAUUUGGAAACUAUUCUCUCUUGGUAAAGCACGUCAAAAAUGCAGCCAAUGAAAUUACUUGUGACUUAGUUGUCAAUGAGAAUCCAGCUGACAGUAAUCUUCCUGUGACUAUUGCAUGCCUUAUUGGUCUGGCACUCAUCAUUGGGAUAGCCUUUCUAAGGUUCUUGUUGAGUUUGGAUGACUUUAAUAAUUGGAUUUCUAAAGCCAUACAUUCCCGGGAAACUGAUCGUCUCAUCAAUUCUGAGCUGGGAUCUCCAAGCAGGGCAGGUGCUCUCGGUGGUGAUGUCCAACCAGAAGCAUGGCGCCCACCUCCCGCGCCCCGCCUCCGCUGUGUGGACACUUUCAGGGGGAUGGCGCUAAUCAUCAUGGUUUUUGUUAAUUAUGGUGGAGGAAAAUAUUGGUACUUCAAACACGCAAGCUGGAAUGGACUGACAGUGGCUGACCUUGUGUUCCCAUGGUUUGUAUUUAUUAUGGGAACCUCGAUUUUUCUAUCACUGACUUCCAUACUGCAGCGGGGGUGUUCAAAAUUCAGAUUGCUGGGAAAAAUUGCGUGGAGGAGUACCCUGUUAUUCUGUAUAGGAAUUGUCAUCGUGAACCCCAAUUACUGCCUUGGUCCAUUGUCUUGGGAUAAGGUCCGGAUCCCUGGCGUGCUCCAGCGGUUGGGGGUGACUUACUUUGUGGUUGCUGUGUUGGAGCUCCUGUUUGCUGAACCUGUACCUGAAAACUGUGCCUUGGAGAGAAGCUGCUCUUUUCUUCGAGACCUCGUGUCAAGCUGGCCCCAGUGGCUCUUCAUUCUGACGCUAGAAAGCAUCUGGCUGGGUGUGACCUUCUUCUUACCAGUGCCUGGGUGCCCCACCGGUUACCUUGGCCCGGGUGGCAUUGGCGAUUGGGGCAAGUACCCGAAUUGUACCGGAGGGGCUGCUGGCUACCUUGACCGCGUGCUGCUGGGAGACGAUCACCUUUACCAGCAUCCUUCUUCAGCUGUGCUUUAUCAUACUGAGGUGACCUAUGACCCAGAAGGAAUCCUAGGGACCAUCAACUCCAUUGUGAUGGCAUUUUUAGGAGUACAGGCAGGAAAAAUACUCUUAUAUUACAAGGAUCGAACCAAAGAUAUCCUCAUCAGAUUCACCGCCUGGUGUUGUGUUCUAGGGCUUAUUUCUGCUGCUUUGACAAAAGUUUCUGAAAAUGAAGGCUUUAUUCCAGUAAACAAAAACCUCUGGUCCAUUUCGUACGUCACCACACUGAGCUCGUUUGCCUUCUUCAUCCUGCUCGUGCUGUACCCCAUCGUGGAUGUGAAGGGACUGUGGAUGGGAGCUCCAUUUUUUUACCCAGGAAUGAAUUCUAUUCUGGUGUAUGUCGGCCAUGAGGUGUUUCAGAACUACUUUCCCUUCCAGUGGAAGCUGGGGAUCACCCAAUCCCACAAGGAGCACCUCACUCAGAACAUCGUUGCCACAGCCCUCUGGGUGCUCAUCGCCUACAUUCUCUAUAAAAAGAAGGUUUUCUGGAAAAUCUGAUAGCUCCAGCUGAACUGUGUUGCUGGCAGACCGACUGCUGGGUCUGGGGGAGUGUUGAGGCAGCCUUCGGUAGGGGGAAUCAUUCAUUAUAAUUGACAGGAUGUGUGAUUUCCAGACUCUUGGGGCAGACUGGGUUGCUGUGACAUGGCUGCCAACACUGCCUGUGUAUUUGGGACUUACGUAUUUGGAAUAUAAUUGUUUUUUUUUCUCCAUCGUCUCUGUAAAUGAAUGUAUUUGAAUUCCCUUGGGCAUUUUGUUUCUGUGAUGGAUAAAAUGAUCUAAGAUUUGAUUCCUACUGUUUUCCUGCAGACUGCCUUUCCACAUGUAUACACGCCAAACGGGAAAACCAGAAUUUCCAUUGUGGCUGACUAUAAAGUUUAUUCAAUGUGAUGUGAAGUAACAUGGUAUAUAUAUUUUGGUUACUUGCAGAUACAGUUUCAAGAAAGUAACAAUAAUUGGCUUUUAAAAUUUAUUUGCAUAUAUAUAUUUACAUCAUUUUUCAUUUUUUUACAAUGUUUGCUUUCUUUUCUCAGGUGUAGUCCCCAUCUAAUUUCCACCACUAGUUCCCUGUGCACCAUCACCAUAGUCCUUUGUGCUUAUCCCUCCCACAUUUUGAUCCCUCUUCCUUCCUCUCCCCUGCAGAAUGUCUCCAAUUUAUAGUUGUCUACUUAUUUCUGUUUUGUUUUAUUAUGUUUCUUUAAUUGUUAUUAUUUUUUAAUCAUUGGCUUUUUAGAUAUACAAGGCGCUAAUGGGUCCAAAAAUUGCCUUUCUCGCAUAAGCCAUUUUCUCCUUUUCCCCACUUAAAUAAAAGUUAAAAAUAUAGAUGUGCUAUUCCCGGCCACUUGUUUAGCUAUCUAUGUACCUACGUAUCUUUGUACUUGUCUACCUACCUAUUAUUUUUCUGUAUUAUAUGGUAGCCAGGCACCUGAGGACACAGCCUCGGAAGAGAGAAAAGCAGAGUCUGGCUCACAGCCCCCACCUCGCCGUCCCUUGCUUAGCAAGGCCCCUGGCCUGGGUGGACCUCAGUUUCCUCAUCUGUAAAACAGAGGAGAUGGAGAUGACCAUGUAGGUUCUUUCCAGCUCAGUCUCAGUGAGGUGGGAGCAACCAGUAACUUUUCUGAAAUCCUUAGAAAAAUAACUGUUACAGAAAAGUCUUCAAAAUAAGUGAUGAUGAAAAGUUAAAGAAACUCUCAUUGGAGUAACCUUUUCAGAAUGACCCUCCACAGUGGAGGCGCCUGCUCCCAUCACAAAACUGAAGGAAUAGUUUCUCAGGAGUGAAGAUAGAACACACGCAGAGAAACAGCACUUUUCAUAUGAUGCAUCAUCAUACUUAAUGAAUUUUCUGUGAGAAUUCUGUAUUUUAGGAACAUGUGCCGCUAGGUUGUUUCUUAGACCACUCUUCCACCAAGGCAGGGGCUGUCUUGGUGAUUCCAUGGCUUCAGCUCUUGCCACUGCAUGGUGCCUGUCUAGUCCGUGUGCGGCAUGGCCUCUGCCCUGGCUCUCAGACCAGGUAACUGCCUGCCUGGCCCUCCACCUGACGGCCGCCCGCAUCAGGCUCACCUCUCCCCUCCUCUCUUCGCACAGUCAAACCUUUUUCUCUCUGGAUUUCCCUAGUUCUGUCACUAGGUACAGCCCUGCUAUCAUGUCACCUCCUUUCUCCCCCAUAUUUUAGUUAUUUUUCCAAUAUGGAAAGAAAAAUUUUAUUGAAAUACAGAAAAUAAAGACCUUCUGUAUUUAGUCAUUACCUAAUCUUCUUAACCCUGUCUCCAUCAUCCACCUGGAACUUUGUCAUUUUUGCUGUCACCACCUAGUUACUCUAGUUCAGGCUCCAAUCACUCUUAACCUGGCCUACUAUCAAUGCCUCCUUCUGUGAAGUCACCAGAUCCACCAGAUUAAACUGUAUCGGAUCAAAACAUCUCUGUAAAAAGCUUCCACUGAAGUUGACUGGCGUAGAUAACCAUCCUCAGUGGAGGAUGUCUGUCCAGCUCUCCCCUGCUCCUACCCCCCACCCUGCAGCUCCAGUGCAGCUGGAGGCCUGCCAUCUCUGUCACAGAGCUAGUAGUCAUCCAGGAUUUAUUUUUUCGUUUUAAUUUCCUUCCUAUCCAUAUCUGACCUGUUAUUUUUCACCCCCCUACUUCUAAGGCACCUUCUCUAAUCUCAUGUUCUCAUCCAAAAAUAAUAUAUUCUUCCCCUGGGUUCUCUUAUUUGUGUCAGUCUCAUGGACUUUAUAACUUACUGCCUUGUAUGCAAGUUAAUUGUGUGUAUGUCUGAUUUCCCACGCUUGUUAAAGGCAGGAAUUAGGACUUGUUCAUCUGCAUACUCUUCGUGGCGCACAGUGCCUCGUAGUAGGCAGACACUAAAUAAACAUUUAUUAAAGUAAAAAUAGCGGUGGUGUUUUUGUUGUUAAUAUAUAUGUGCUGAUAGAAUUAGCAUGUGAGUGCGCUGUGAAAAUGUUCGUGGAGUGAUACACAUGGAGACAGACAUCUCUCAGGAAUGUCUCAGACAUCACAGCUGUCUCAUCUCGGUCUCUCCAAAGUUAUCCAGCAGCAUUUCUUAAAUUGGGGAGUAUACCAGUAGGAGGUGUUUUGAGCCACAGGGUAUCCUGAUUAGGCUGGAUUAUAAAGAAAUCUUACAUCGUUGCAACCCUCAGUGGAAGGAGAGGCAUCCAUGCUACAGGUGUGUCUCAUAACUUUACUAGCCAGAAAACCCUCCCAGAAGCCUCUCAGCAACUUUCCCCCAUGUCUUUGUGACUACCAGUGCCUCACUUGACUUGCAAAACCAGCAAUGACAGGGAAUGUGGCGUGACUAGUCUAUGGCUGUGGGGGGGAAGUGCGACCUCCUUGAAGAGGCAGGAAUGCUGGGGUUGAGUGACAAGUGGGAAGUGACUGUGAUAGGGGUGAAGGAUGUCCUGAGCAAACUCCAUGCAGGCUUUGUGGACUCCACCCCCCAUGACACUGGGAACUACAAAUCCCAUGAUCACCAAAAGGGAGGUUGCAAGGACCCGAGGGUGGAGUUAAGCAACUAGGCUCUCAGGUUUGGAUAUUUAACUGGCCAUAUGGCUGGGGGUUGCCCCUUGGCCACGCUGUGUGCUAGGUUUUUGCCAGCUCACCAGGUCAUUGGGAUUCCAGGUCAGCGGAACAGGUAGGACACAUUUACGAACUUAUCUCACUGUUUUUCUCCCUGAGUUAUUCAUUUCCCACUUCCCCUUCCCUUGUAAAUCAACCUUUCAUCAACCUUUUGUUAUGUCUGCAGUUUAGCAUUAAUAAGUCCCCUUUAAGCAUGCGGGUGAGGUCCCACAGUCAGGCAACCCCAUUUUAUAUUGGGGUUUGCCCUGUAACAGCUGCAGAGACCACUAAUGAGGCCACAGCAAGUACAUGGUGCAUGGCAUCUCACAGAGAGGUCAGGGUGGAAUUUGAAAGUGGUAAAGCACUAUUCUAGAGCAGGGGUGUAAACAUUUGAUAUUAAUUAUUCAUGUUUUUGUGCUUAAAUCCCUAAUUCCCGUUCAUAGUUAAACUGCUAUUAUAUUUUACCUUUUUUCACUUUGGUCAAUAAAGAGUGUCUUCUAUAAAUACAGCAAUCCAGUUUGUAUCAAAGACUACCAGAUUAGGUGAAUUUCAACAUCCUACUUUUAAUUUUUCCAUUACAUUAAAAUUGUUUUCCGCAUAAAUGUGACAAAUGAACAGAAAAUUUCUUGACAUAUCGAACUGCCUUUUGAAAGAGAUGUGACAACUGUAAAAAAUUGUAUCUAUUGGAAAAGACUAGGAGGAGAUAGUUAAAAAUACAGAAUGGCAGCGUUUGAGAUUUCUAACACACCUUUUGUUUAAAUUUUGACAUAAGCGGUAAAACGCAUCGCCAGUGUUUAUCUUAAGUUGUAUAUUUGUAUAGGCUGUUUCACCAGGGUAUCGAGCUGACAUUUUUCUCUUUGUGAUCAGUACAUUGUUUCUCUUCUAGCUGCAUGCAAUUUAAAUUCCAAGUUGAUGGAAAUGUGAGAUGUUUUUCGUCUGAUACUUGAUUAAACCCUCAGUGUCAGUUGGCUUGUAAACUGGCACCUCCAUCUAUGCAAAUCCUGCCACAGUUCUGUCCAGCUGACAACCUGUAUCAGUUUGACAGAUCACAAGUCAUGGCUAGACAAAGUUAGACGCUACAAAUUGGUGAGGGGAGGCUUUGUUCAGUAAGACGAUUACAGCUGGCAAGAGGGUCCAGCUUGAAGUGAACUGGACUUCCUCCAAACAAAAGACCAGCUAUCUGGGUUUUGUGGUUGGUGCUUCCAUCUGGCAGGAGGCAGUGGUGCAAAUAGGAGCAAGGCGAUGUUUGCAUUUCAGAGACAGUUCUGGGUCCUUUGAGCAAACAGCUUAAGGUGGUUGUUUUACAAGGAUGGAGGUGGGAGUUCUAAUUGGAAGCUUUCUAAAGUACCUGCUCUAAGAGGGUGCUUGGGAUCCAAAUGCAGACCAGCAAUUCGGGCUGGAACACAGUAACUUCUGGCUGCAUGUGGCUCUCUCAGGCAGGCCUUUUACGGGCACAGUGUAUGUGCUAAGGUCACCUGGGGACAGGGCCUUAAACUGUCAGAAGGAUGCUGGAGCUGGAGUUUGGUUGAUGUUUUCAAUGCAGAGGUUGGACAGAGUUGUCAUCUGCCAGAAUCUGCAGUCCUUUCUCUGCCUCUUCUGUGCAAAUGGUCUGAGUCUCCACUUUAUCCUGUAGUCCUUCCACUAAC